CACUUCUGCCGAGAUCCGGUUAUCUGAUCGGUCUAAGAUAACUUUUUCCUCAAAACUCGAAGGCCCCAAAAAAAAGGGCAGCGGAGAGCUAAGAAGAUUCUAUCGAUCAUCCGCUGGGGUCGUCUUUCCUUUCCUUCUCUUCUUCCCAUCCCCCCAUCUGUUCGACCAGCUUGUUUGACCGUCUGCGUGCUCCCCCACCAUCUCGGUCCGACCAUGUCUUCCGCGCCUUCAGUUUCUGCACCCGUAAAGGGCAUGCGGAAAAAUGGGAAAAACUGGCAUGAUUCCAAGAAGCCGUUCCGCCCUACUGCGGGCAUGACCUCCUACGCUAAGCGACUAGAAACCCGCAAGCACCAAGAAGCCGUGAAGGAGCAUGAGAAGGAACUGAAGGAGGAGAAGGAGGCAGAGAGAAAGGCGCAUAUUCAAAGAAUUAAGGAUCGUCGAGCCGCGAAGGAGGAGAAGGAACGCUAUGAGAAGAUGGCAGAGAAAAUGCAUCGCAAGCGAGUCGAGCGCCUGAAGCGGCGGGAGAAGCGUAACAAGUUGCUGAACUCUUGAUUGCAGUCAAGCUCUUGGAUGCUGUUGACAUGAUCUCACCCUAUUUUCCUUUCCCCUUCUUGUCUCCCCUGCUGCCCUAUUCUUUCUGCAUCUUAAGUGAGUGGCGGAUGCAACCCCCGCGCCAAAAUUCUUUUGCAUUGUUUAUAUUUUCCCCUUGUUGUUGUCCUUUUUACCGGGAUUGGGCAUUAUGGCCGAUCGCAGGCUGUCGUUUCUCUAUGGACGAGAGGAGUUUACUGGCGACUGUGGAGUUGGGAAUCGACUUUCCAAAUCAGUAUAUACAAUGAAUGAAUGUACCGGAUCAAUGAUUCUAUU